CCAGUCAUUUGCGUUCUAACAUGAGACCAACGCGGCCGCAUUCGCCGUUCACCGCUAAACCAUAACCGCUAAGUACACGUUAGCCGGGUUACGCGAAAAACUGUUCGGUAUUUACGUUGAGGUUGUAACUUAAACGCGCGCGUUCGUAGUUUCGUUAUCGUUUCGGCCUGUGUUGAUAAGGGAUUCGUUUUAACGUUUUUCUGUUGUGACUGAUGGCGGAUUGUGAGAGGAAUUUGUGGCGUUUGCAGAAAAUGGAGUGUCAUUAGCGUAAAAGGGUUGUUCACGAUACCGGAGUAUCCAGAAUUGGAAGCGAACCGAGGCAUGUGGUCUGUCGCCCUGGACGCAAUACUGACCACGCUGCGGUACCUCGCGCCGGCUACUCUACUCACUCUCUUCUGGGGCCAGCAAAGCUUUCUCUUCAGAAUUUUGAAGCACAUCGACUCCGCUUUUAGAGCUAUAGUAUUCUCGAGCGAGGAGCAAAAGCAGUCAGUGCUACAAUGGCUGGCAGAAGCUGGUCCCGUGAGAGUGGAGCACUUGGACACGGUGUGGCGGCACGGCUGGGUGCUGUGUGGUGUGCUGGACGCGGCACUGCCCGGCGCAUGCGCAGGGCAUCCUCCCACCCGCCUGUCUCUUAAACACGCGCAGGCUAUCGCCGACCAUUAUCUUGGUGUUGAACCUGUGUUCUCCCGUCAAGAGUUGGAAUCAAACGAUUCACUAAGCAGACACCAAGAAUGGAAACUCGCCACAUACUUAGACCGCAUUCGACAAGCACUUUCCAAGUUAACGCCUCCAGUCUCAAAACCAGUCUCUCAAAGAACUUCUCCAGAAACGACACAGUUCACUCUUGACUACGUUGCAAAAGGGUCUGGGUUAUCAGCAGCUCAAGUUAACCAUAAGGCUAGCUUCAAAAUAUAUCCGACAGCACAGCAAGCGUUAGAUCCAGGAGAAAUAACAAUCCUAAUACGAGGACCUAGAGACACUUAUGGCAUGACUGUACUAGCGCCAAUCCUGGGCAAAGCACAGAUGAUCAGACAAAAACUCUUGGGCCUACAAUCAAAACAGAACUUCACUGAAAAUGUUUUACCAAUAACACAAGGAGCGACAUACUUACGAGCGUACGGUAAGACCGAUAUGAACAAAACAUAUUACAUACCGAAAACGAAGUAUGAUAUUGACAUCGAUGUUGAAACACGAACAGAUCACGCGAAAAUAAGUUACGUCGUAAACCUUGAAGGAAAAUACUUAAUUUCUAUAACAAGCAGAGGUCAGAGCAUUGUUGGUUCGCCUUUCACAAUAACAGCUUCUCAUAACAUCAUCAACAUACUAGAAAAAGACAAUUACUGUUUAGAAGACGGUGAAGAAAUAGAUAUAGUUGAUAUCAAAACAGACAGAAAAGUUGUUCUACGUAUAGUUGAUUUUGUUACUGAGAAAAUGUUGUUGAAAGAAAAUGGUACUUUGGAGAAAAUAAGUGAUGAUGAAGCAAGGAUUCUAAUGACAACUGACACGGAAAAUGAUAUGCCAAAUUACAGUACUGAAAGCUAUUCUGAUGUCGAGAACAGCGAAGACUCAACAAUAGUCAAAACUAGACGGUUUAACAAAGUUGCUUCUAAAAUAUUAGCAAUGAAUAGGGUUUGUAAAGUGCUGAAUGACCUUAAAUCAGAAAAACAAUUAGAAUUUACAAAGAAAGAAAGUUACCUGCGAUCAAGGAGCAAACAAGAAAUUCCUGAUAUCGUAAAUUCAACCUUAACCGAAACAAAAGCUAAACCAUUCAUAAUACCCGAACUGCGAGAAAAAUUCAUUGUUCCAGAAAGUAUUUCAGUAUCACUGAGGGCGGAGAAGUCUACCACAUCCUACGAUACCGACCUACAUAACAUAAGGACUGAUAAAGAAGUUACAAUGAAUAUACCCGUGGAAUCUACUAGAAUUGAUACUCCUGAUAGCUUGGAUGCAUAUACUGAAUCACAUGAAGAUCAAGAUGAUAACUUAUCUGAUCGCAUGACGCCAUCUACUACAAACAAUCCUUUCUUAAACGAAAUGUUUGAAGAAAAUUACGUAGCUUCCAAGAAUUUAGGACCGUUCGUAGCUUCAGAAUAUGAACGAAAUAACUCGCAAAAUGAAGAAACAAGAGAUAGUUCAAUUAAAAUUCUAAUCGAUACUAAUAUGACACCUUCACCCGCACAUAAUAAUCCAUUUAUUGAAACUGAAGAUGUGGGUUAUAUAAAACCUGAACCUAUUGUAUUCGAAAGACCAAAAACACCAGUUUUGAAAAUAAUUUCAGGAGAGAAAGUUGAUCGCGAAGAAUCUGUGUAUAUUGAUCCAAAAGUUGAAUUAAUGGCUGAGGAAGCUCUAGGCAACGAGUUCGUGAAUCCUUUCUUCAUGCAUCACCAUCAAUCAGGUCAUUUUGAACAACCGAAACCUAUGACGGACUUCAUCAUUGGUGCCCCCGUUUCUCUACCACCCAUCAUAAGAGCUCGAUCACCAGAACCAGAAAUAAAACCACUGAUACCACCAGGUACUGAGAAAACUAGAAAGAGCGCGAAAAGUAAGAAAACACAAGAUAAGAAAACUGAAAUGACUCGUACAGACCCAAUUAUGCUUCCAACUGAUUUGAACACACCAAAAGAUGGUAAAAAUGAAAACGCUUCUGCAGGUUCCUCAACCUUUCAUAGUUUAGAAUCUAACUUAACUAUUGACAAUUCUAAUGCAUCAACAACAAGCGACAAUCAAUACGAACCAUAUCAAAUUGAUUCAAGCAGAAAUUCAUCGCCCAGGAAAGAUAUAUGGGAUUCUGCAUACGUAAGUAUCGAUGACAAUAACAGUUCUCCAGAUAGCAAUAAUAAUGAAAAUUCUACACUAUGCGACUCACUAAGUAAACCGAAGUUUUCUCCUAGUGAUGACAAAUUCGGUUUAAAUCAAGAAGAUCUAUCGAACAUGGGACCAGCUGAAAGAGAAAUUUGGCAAACAUGCAACGAAUUAAAAAUCGAACCCACUAAAGUUCAGGAAGAACCGAAACCUUAUAAGUGGGAAAUCAAACGACCGACGUUCACACCCAUCAUUGAAGAGAGCGAUAGGAGUAUAUCUUCAGGCACAAAAGAUAUUCCUAGAACCAAAAGGUGCACGAAACCGGAAGAUGGUGAAAAUGUGUCGGUGGCAUUUGCUGAACUAAAUGAAAUGUACCAAGAAUACUUUCCUAAUUCAGAAACUAGUUCUACUGCCACUGUGGAUGAAAACGAUAAACUCCACAGUACGGAAGUGGAAUACGUUACACAAACUAAGGACGCUAGUGUCGAUUCUGCAUCUGAUGUAACAGAUGUGAAAAGACACGCAGAUGAAUUAGAAGGAACGAUUUCUGAGGUUCAGGCAAAUGUCACUGAAUCUGUUUCAGCAAGUCAACCCCUUCGCAUUGAUAACGACAAAGCCUUUGAAUACAAGAAGGAAUACAAGGAUGAAACGCAGUUUGGCGAAGCGACGUACAGUAACAUAGUACUUGAAAAGAAAAAGUACUGGGAUGAGAAAAUUCGCCAAAUAGAGGCUAAAUCGGCAGAGACAUCAAUCCAACCAAAGAAGAAACGUAUCUCUGCUAAACAAUUAAAACAUGAUUCGUUAAGCAAGCGAAAGGGUAAACAGAUUCUUAAGAACUUCUUAAACUCAGGCGAUUACAGCCAAGUUAAGAAUAUAAAUCAGAUCGAAGAUAAACAUACAGAAAUAAAACCACAAGAACCUAACCAACAAGAAAUAUCAGCAGAUGACUUAAAUACAAAUGAAAAGUUAGUAGAAAGAUGGAAGAAAUAUUGGGAUGAAAAGUUAGAAACAGAUCAAGUUCAAGCUGAAGCUACUGCUUUAAAAAUGAAAUCUCCUAGUAAUAAAGUAAGAACAUUAAGUUCAUCUUCCAACUCUAAUAAAAUCGAAAGCCCAGUCGAAAUAAAAUUGGAAACAACAAAAUACAAUAGCAAUAUAUUGCCAUUCGAAGAUCAUCCGCCCGUGAAACAAGAAUUGCCAGAAGAAGUAUUUAAAGCAUUUGAAACAAGUCCAAAGAGAUUCUUUGGUACUUCAAGAAAGCAAAUAUUGAACAAAAUUGACACAUUUUUAGGCAAACCAGGCACUGAUGACAUUCCCAGCACGGACGUCACCGGCGGAGAGUGUCAUGAGAGUGGUCUCGUAUCUAGUCGAAUAUCUUUGUUCCAUAAUAUGUCUAACACGGAACCAUUGCCAUGGGCUAGAAGAAAAAGUCAAUCAUUACAAAAUGUAAGCCAACGACUAAGUAGUAGCCAAAGCAUUGUAUCUUCUGAAGAAAAUCUGCACGUGGAACUAAUUAAACGUCCCAAUACUGAGACUUUAGAAGACAGAAUCAACGAAGCCACUAACUACAGCAUCAAAGAAUCUAUAAAUCUGAAAAAUAAACGAGCUCGAAUGGUUCACAGUUCAUUUAAUAAAACUUUGGAUGAAACAAUUUAUAUAGAACCUGUAAAAGAACAGUUUGUAACUUCAACACCAAAACGAAACGAAAACGUAAGGACAGAAACCCAAGACCGACACAAGGAAUACGAACCAAUUAGAACAACAAACGAAGUUCUCCGAAAGAAAUCAUUCAGUAGAUCAGAAAUGGACAUCUUUAAUAAAAUACCAAACGAUACCACAGAUGACGGUUUGGAUAAAUACAAAUCAUGCGAUGAAUUACCUAAGAUUAAUGUGAAGAGCUUCAUAUCGCUUUACGAAAGCGUGACAAAGACUGCUGCAGCGCCAAAACCAGCUAAACGGGUGUACAGAACUAGUUCUACUGAUUCACAGAAGAAUUCUCCAUCUCACAGCAUAAAUUCAGAUGCUGUGCACAGACAUAACGCCGACCAAGCGAGCGUUUCUACUUGUGGAUCAAAGCGGACUACGCCAGGAGCUACACCAACAAACAUGUGGACAAGCAGAGAUUCAGAAACAGUCAGCAAUCUAAGUUUAGACACUAGAACUUCCGGAUCUUUUGACGUUGAAGUAAUUCCUAACGAAAAUAAAGAGACUACGUACAUAAGUCUAUCUGAUAUAGAACUAGAAAUAAUAGAAUGUACUACAGAUAAAUCAACCGAAUCUUCUCCAGAAAGGGAAACCGAGCCAGCCCAUCUAGAAUACAAAAACAGAUUCAAAAUGGCAAAAGAAUUCUUUCAAUCUAUUGAAGAACUAAGAGAAGUAAAGAAGCCUAGAAAACUGAAUGAAUGUGAACAACUUUUGCGUAAGCAAUCAACAGAAUCCGUUGAGAACGAUCGCCCUCAGAAAAGGGUAAAGAAGAACAUUAAAUCUCACUCAAUGCCAUCAUCAGAAAUAUCAAAGAUCUGGAACGAACUGCAAGAAAACCGGGAAAGCUCUUCAAACACGAAGCUAGUGAAGAUAUCAGAGAAGUUUAACGUGGAAGAUUUGUUUACAGAUGUGACUGAAGGGAAACUGAGUAGACAAGGUAGUUUGAGAGGCAUACCGCAUAAGAAAGCGGUUCUAGAAGCAUUUAGAUCUAUGGAAAACGUAGCUGAUACAUCGAUAAACUCAUACGAGAUUGCCGAAUCACAGGUUAUGGAUUUCACUAAAGAGCAUACUAUAAGAAAUGCACAGACUUAUCUGAGCGAAUAUCCGUAUUUGCCGACAACCGAUCCAUCAAAAUAUCAUUCAAGACUAGAUGUCAAGGCGUCUGGUCUCAUCUCAUUGAAAGAGUUGAAGGAACGAAAGCCUCGAAGGAAUAGUGUGCCUGAUCUUAGAUUAAAUCCUAAAUUUACAGUUGACCUUUAGUUAUUAAGUGCUUUAUUCAUUCGAAUAUAAGGUUCAAUUUGCGUUACUGUUGAACGUGAUUUUAGUACCGAAAUUGUACGUUAUUGGAACUGGGUACUAUUCAAAUUACAAUACCUUCAAUGCAAGUCUUAUAUCUUAAAUUUUGUACUUAAAACAAUUGCUUUAAAGUUCAUUUUAAAGAAUCACAAUUUGUUACUACAAUUUCGUUCUGCAGCAAUGUAAAUUGAGCCUAAUAGACAAUAUUUUGUAUUAAGAAGUAUCAUUUUUUCCAUUUUCGUAGUCAUCUAACGAACAUAGUCAUAAAGAUAGUAAUACCAGUAUUUUACUAGUACCUUAAGCUUAGUUAAUACUCACUUUUAAAAAAUUAAGAAUAUUUUUAAGACAAUAAUAUUUAGAAAGAGCUAGACGUCAAGUUCUUUGAGUAUAUUUACGUCGAUUAUUUUUUUUUUUAUUUGAUGUUCUAUGUCUUAAAAGAGCGUAAGGUAUAUUCGAAUUGCUAAACGAAUUUGAGUUCUGUGUCGUGUACUUAAGAUUGUAUUUUCUAGAAACUUCGUUCUCGUUUUUUUGUUUAUUGGCUAGCUUUAUCGAUUUGUACAAUUUUGUACAGUUAUUGAAUCUAAUUAUUAAGUUUUAAGAUUUUACUGUAACUAUUUAUUCUACAUUAAAUAAAAAUUACAAUUC